AUGGAAUCCGCGGCGUCCACGGUUCUUGGCUUCUUGUCCGGCUCGAUUGGUCAUUUUUCUUCUUCUUCUUCUUCGCUAGCGCGCGCAAGAUGGAUUGCUCCUGGUUUGGUUGGGGUGUCAGUGGAUUUCAUUUUCAUGGCGCGGGUGCCGUUUACUUUGAAUUCUUGGGCGGUGUAUGCAAUGGCUACAAGUCUUGGAAUGGACGGAUAUGCAGAACUGCAGGUCUCUAUGAUGGAUCCCACUGACAAGAAGCCCGCCUUCAGAGGCUUGAAGCUGUACGUGAAAGAACUGGAUUCAAAGACACUUCCUCCGUUUCUUGCCCGUUUGUGUGCUCCCGACAAGCCUUCCUCAUACUCUGAGGAGGAGAUCCUAUGCAUUUUCGAGACUGCAGCAGAAGUUCAUGGCCGCACAAUUGUACCGCACAUUGGACAGAUUGUCCCAGCAAUUGUCAGGAUCAUGGCGUCAGAUUCAAGGCCCUUGCAUAGUGCUCGUUGCUCCAAGGUGGUUUGCACAAUAUCCCGCUACUGCAUUGAUCCUCUGGGCAGAGAAGAAGAGAAAUCUGAGAUCAUGACCUCCCUUUGCCGUCCCCUAUCAGAUUGCCUAAUGAACUCUAACAAGAGCAUCUCUUCUGGUUCGGCUCUUUGUAUUGCUGCUCUUGUCCAAUCCAACAAUUGGCAAUUUGCAUCUAAUGAGUUGAUCAAUGAUGUCUGCUUGAAAGUGUCGGGGGCUCUAGAGGAGGCUCACUGCCAGACUGUUGUCCACGUUGGCUUGGUGGUUGCUCUGUUAAAACACAAUCCUUUGACACUGGAGCCUUAUGGACGAUCAUUGAUAAGGUCGGGGUUGCAGAUAUUGGACCAUAGCACUAAGGCAAACAAUUCUCAGAUGAUUAUGUCAUCAAUUCAGAUGAUACAUUCGAUCAUGAGAAGCUUGAAUCUGAGGAUUAUAUCUUCUGAGAUCAGUAGCAUUAUCCAUGCUUUGGAGCACUGCCAAGAUGGCUUUGUUCCAGAUAUCUGCACUGCAGCUUUUCAGGCAACCGAGACUGCUAAGUUACUUGGGAGGCAGGAGGAACGUGGAGCUCGGAAAAAUGUCAGUCCUUUGGGAAGCUGUAGUGGUGGAAACAGCAGGAAGGGGUCAAAUUCUCCAAUUGAUCAUGCGAAUAUCAGAGACAGUGGAUCUCCUCGUGAGUUACAAUCUGUCCGUUGUUUUAGUGACUUCAAUUCUCAGCCCCCAGUUGGACAAUGCACUGGUAUUCUUGGAACUACACGUGCAAGGCGGCGACUUUGGAGUUACGGAACUGACUUUUCACAUGGCGUGUCCAAUGAUGAGCUUUUCCACACUUCGGCACGUGAUUAUCAUGAAAAUCUGGGUAUCAUAGCACAAUCUGAUUCUGCUGAUCUUGUUAAGUCAAGUAGGAGGCGCUCCGAUGUGUUGACAAGAAUUGGUGAUCCAUGUCCUACUUGUUUAACACCCCGAGCUACUAAUCAGGCGUGCAAGCGGCAAGCUUUGUCAACUCCAAGGAAGCAGCUCCAGUCUUUGACCUAUUGCAGUGAUUCAGAAAGAGAUGGCCACCGCUUACCUCCAAGAUCAGUUUCAAGGUUGAUGCAGCGCCCGGACCAUCUUUUGUUUCAAAAGAAUUUUCAAAGUGAGGAAAGGAAAGGCUACUGCAACUCGACUCAACAGAGGAACCAAUUGCGUACACAGACCAGAGACUUGCUGACCGAAGACUUGAAGUUCCCCACCAGCAGCAGGCUUUCUGAUAGUGCACGGGCUCCUCCAUGUGAAGAACGCCAAUGUGAUGGUGCUGCUGAACAUCAGAAGGUGACUGGGAGGGAGAAAAGAGAAACAAACUGUCGUCGAAGCAAUCGAUUAACUCUAUUUAUCUGUGCCAUGGUCUUCGCUGCGUUGUUGCUAAUUUUGUGGAAGCAGCAGGACCCCAGUAACGAGCUAUACUUCGUACCUACUUAG